CAGAUAGAUGAACUUAUUUACUAUUACCAAAUAAGGUGGGAUAAAGAUGUUUUAGUCAUAAAAGGAAAAGGCGAAACUGAAAAGCACACGUUCUGAAUUCAACUCUUUAUCCAAGAAUCAAAACAGCCCGUUCCCAUUUCCAGCAAUUAAUUUUAAAGAAAAAAGUCAGCCCGUCACCGGUCCCAACUCUAUAAAUCUUGAACCAAUAACCAUUUUCCAAAACCCUCAGCCAAAAACCAAACCCCACUUCAACUUUUUUUUUUUUUUAUAUUCUUUAAAACAAACAAAAUCAGGCAUGACAAACAGCACAACUGAGUUCACGGACGUUCAUUCACACAAGUACCACCUCCCAAAGCGCAUAAUCUUGGUCCGUCACGGCGAAAGCCAAGGGAACAAAGACGAAGCAUCAUACAGCGUAACCCCUGAUUACAAAAUCCCAUUAACUACGCGCGGGAUUCAGCAAGCUAACCAAGCUGGCUCCCGCAUUCGUCAUGUUGUUUCUCAGUCCUCGGAGAACUGGAAGGUUUACUUCUAUGUCUCUCCUUACGUCCGCACGCGCUCCACGCUCCGGGAGAUUGGUCGGGCGUUCCCCAGGAAUAGAGUGCUUGGGGUUAGAGAAGAGUGUAGACUUAGAGAACAGGAUUUUGGGAAUUUUCAAGUUGCCGAACGAAUGAAAGUGAUCAAGGAAACCAGGGAGAGAUUUGGGAGAUUUUUCUAUCGGUUUCCGGAAGGGGAAUCCGCUGCUGAUGUUUAUGAUCGAGUUUCCCAUUUCCUUGAAACUCUGUGGAGGGAUGUUGAUAUGAACAGGCACCAUCACAACCCAAAUGAUGAGGUGAAUCUUAUAAUUGUAUCCCAUGGUCUAGCUAGUCGAGUCUUUCUAAUGAAGUGGUUCAAGUGGACAGUUGAGCAAUUCGAGUACCUAAACAAUCUGGGGAAUUGUGAGUUUCGAGUUAUGGAAUUAGGGGCAGGUGGUGAAUAUAGCUUAGCAGUCCAUCAUACUGAUGAAGAGAUGCUGGAAUGGGGGAUGUCCCCUGAUAUGAUUGCAGACCAAAAAUGGCGAGCUAAUGCUCACAGGGGGGCGUUGAAUGAUCAUUGCCCUUGGUACCUUGAUGCUUUUUUUGACCAUUUGGCUGAAUCAAAUGAUAUAGAUGAUGAAGAUGUGAAGUCAAACAACUCCCUAGCAUAACAUUGUCAACGUGCAAUUGUUCUAAUUCAUUACUUGCUGUUGUACUGUUCAUUUGGUUAACUGAUAGAAAAGUCUGUGCUCUUUUCCAGUUUGUUGUUCCAGUUUUAGGCCCACAGUAUGUGUCAAUUUCUUGUAAAUUUGAAACUCUCAAUUGUAUAUCAAACGUUUGACAUCAAGGAUUAAGUAUGAAUUGGUUAUUGAUUG